UCAAGGUUUAGUGCCAAAAACUAAUUUCCGAAUGGAGCUACAAAAUGAAGAUGCGUGGCGACCUCGCCCAGGAGUAAUCAAUUCAGAAAUGAUAAAAGGUGUUGUUACAAAAAUGAUUAAAGAUGACAUUUCCGGGAUGAAACUUGAUGAAGAAGAUGACUUUGACUACAAAGAAAUUGAACAAAUCUAUUUAGAACAUUUAGACAUUACCCGCAUUGACCACCUAUGGGUUAUGCCAGCUCUCACAGUUUUAAAACUUACCGGAAACUUGAUUGAAAAAAUUGAAAAUAUUGAUAUGCUGGUUAAUUUGGUAGAUUUAAACCUCUCUUUCAACAAAAUUGUCAAAAUAGAAAAUCUUUCUAUGUUAAAAAACUUACGGCACUUGUCUUUGUUUUCAAAUUUAAUUACCGUGAUUGAGAAUUUAGAUCACCUGGAGAAUUUGAAAAUAUUCACAAUUGGAAAUAACAAAAUCAGUGAUAAACAGUGUAUUCUUCACUUGAGAAAUUUAAAUUUGUUUUCAUUAAAUAUGGAAGGAAAUCCAUGUUCUGCUGAAAGUGGAUUUAGGAAUUUCAUUGCAGCUUACCUUCCCAAACUGAGGUAUUAUGAGUAUAAGGUAAUUUCGGAAGAAGAACGAACAAAUGGCAGAGCAGACUGGUCAACUGAUCUGGAGAACCUUGAGAGAGAAGAAUCUGAAGCUGCAGAAACAAUCAGGGAAGAGCGGGUUCAAGCUGAGAAAGAAGCAUUGUACUAUGAAGCAUUUGUUGAGGGAUUGGACAAAGAUCAACUGUUUGACGCCAUGUUUGAAAAUGAUCCGAAUGGACAAGAGAUGAUAUUAUUAGGAGAAGAAAUUCAAGAAGUAUAUUCAAAAUUUAAAAUCGACAUAGGAUUGGCAACAACAGAAAUCUUUAAUUUGGGUGUAGAACAGUUUGAUAUGAGAAAAAAAGAAAUCGAAGAGUAUAAAAAAGGAACUGAGCAAGCAAUCACACAGAGUCGUAACAAACAAAAAGACAUAUUAGAAAAGUUCAUAGAAACCAAGACAAACAUGUUUGUAGACAUUUCAAACUUGUUAAACAUACUGCCACAAAACGGGAGUGAUGAAGACAUAAGAAAGUCAAUGGAGGAGAGUGUAGACAGAGCGAUGGUAGCUGUUGCCACUGUAAAAAAAGAGUUGCUCAACUUAGAACAAAUGUUAUCUGAACAAUUGAAGGAAGUUUUCUCAACAUUUGAGAGGAGUCUUGGAGACAUGGUGAGCUUUUUAAUUGAAUCUGCUCAAGGGCAUUUUACAAACAUGAGGGAAUACGAAACAUUGUUCAGUGAACAGAUGGGUGACUAUGUGUCCAGGUAUCAAACACAGAUGACCAUUAGAAACGAAGACAUUAACAAUCUUCCUCCGACUCUGCGUCCCAUCAUGGCGGACAAGGAGACAAUUAACACAGCUGUAGCAACCUCUCAUGAUGUACACCUACAGAUCAUAGACAGCCGAGAGGAUCAGCUGAUGUCUAGAGCUAGAGGAUGGUACACCAAAAUAUGCCAGGACUAUGAGAACCAAGAAGAAGAGAGGUUCCGUGGCAGAGUGUAUGAAAUAAUCACCUUCUUGGAGAUCCAAGCUGCAGACUUCCAACAGUUUAAUCUACCAAUUGAUGAAGAUCUGUUGGUGCAAGAGAUGAGUCAAGAAUGAUAUGUUUUAUGAUGAAUUUCAUUAAUAAAGUGAUUAAUUUUU